AGGUGGAUUACUAUGUGCUGCCCUGUGCAGUUCACGGUUGGUGCUUAUGUCAACAGAGUAGUAGCCUGUUCAAAGGGGAAGUUUCCGCCUCUUAACACACGAUUCUGCCGUCAGAGCUGAACAGACGCAACACCUACACGGCCACACUGAAUAUGCCCGGACUGCUGCUCGGAGAUGUAUUUCCUGAUUUCGAGGCGGAAACUACCUAUGGCAAAAUUAAACUGCACGAAUUUCUUGGAGACUCCUGGGGGAUCCUGUUCUCCCACCCCAGAGACUACACCCCAGUGUGCACCACAGAGCUGGGCCGAGCUGCCAGAAUGAGCAGUGAGUUCAGUAAACGCAACGUCAAAAUGAUCGCCCUGUCCAUCGACUGCCUGGAGGAUCACCACGGCUGGACCAAGGACAUCCUGGCAUACAACUGUGAGGAGUCUUCCUGCACCUCGCUGCCCUUCCCCAUCAUAGCAGACAGUAAGAGGGAGCUGGCAGUGGCCCUGGGCAUGCUGGACCCAGUGGAGAAAGACCAAGACGGCCUGCCGCUCACUGCCCGCUGUGUGUUCAUCAUCGGUCCUGACAAAACGCUCAAGCUGUCUCUCCUCUACCCGGCAACCACCGGACGCAACUUUGAUGAGAUUCUGCGAGUGGUGGACUCGCUCCAGCUCACGGCGGGGAGACGACUGGCCACGCCUGCCGACUGGAGGCCUGGAGACUGUGUGAUGGUCCCUCCCAGCAUGUCGGAGGAGGAGGCGGCCUCUUUGUUCCCAGGCGGCAUCUACACCAAAGAGCUGCCCUCUGGCAAGAAGUACCUGCGCUACACACCCCUGGAAGAAACACAGCAGUGAUAUUCAACAUGUCACACUUAAUCCAGCAGCUCUUCACGUGGGACCUUAAGAACCUUGAGUACUACCUUUCUCGAUUUUGUGCCUCCUCGAUCUUCUGGCUUGUGAUUCGGAAAUCGAUCUCAGCGCUCCAUCCUGAAGGAAGUCUUCACAUGCACCUUGAGGAACGAGCAGGGCAACCGGAGGAGCUGUUACUUUUUAUUUUCAUUUUUUUACUUCUUUGUUGAGACAGGUUUAUAUCAAGUCAUAAACACUGUAUUCAGGUGCAUCUCAAUACAUUAGAACAGGGAUGGGCAACUUAAAUGCUGCAGGGGGCCACAACUUUUCAUGUUCACUACCACAGGGCCACAUAUAGGACCGUGCACUUCACCAGAUAUGAUGAAACUGCAAUUUUAAAUAUGUUUACAGUGCAGUAACUUAACAUAUUUCAUGCUCAAAUGCAUGUUAGCAUUCCUGCAUGUUGUUGUAGGAAUACAAAAGGUUUGAAGCAAAUAAAAAAUAACCACUUACUGUGAUUUUUUUUUUUUUUUUUUUUUUGCAAGAACAGCAGACCAACAUUAACUGCAAGAAGUGAUUUUGUGCAUUUUUACACUGCACUUUUAAGAUUUCAUGCUCAAAUGCAUGUAGUUGUACUGAGGGCCACUUCAAGUGAGGGUGCGGGCCGUAUGCGGCCCCUGGGCCUCCAGUUGCCCAUCCCUGCGCUAGAAUAUGAUAGAAAAGUCAAUUUCCAGUAGUUCAAGUCAAACAGCCCCAACCAAGUAUUGAGUCAUAUAGAUGGACAUUUUUUUGAGACACAGAAUUUUAGGUCUUCAUUAAAUGUAAGGCAUAAUAAUUAUAAUUAGAAGAAAUUACAUAAAUGAAUACAUGAAAUGUUUCAUUCUGUGUGUAAUGGAUCUAUAUAAUGUGUUAUUUCUACUUUUUGAAUUGAAUUACUGACAUAAAUAAACAUUUCUAUGAUAUUCUAAUUUAUUGCAAAC